CUUAGCCUGAAAGGCAGCAAAGAAAAGUGAAGAACGUAUAUUGAAGCUGAAAGAAGACAGCUUUAUUUGGGAGGGGGGAAAAUCUAACAAAGCUGAAGAGUGAGAUUUUGCAAUUAUGUCUUCUCUCUGACUUUCUGAAACAGUGGUGAAGACAGGAAGUGUGAGAAGUUGUUGGAGUUGCUUCAGCCGGAGACAGUGGCAAAAGAGUUACUACAGCUAGUUGGAGAUGACAGCAGGAGGCAAGAACACAUGGCUGAAUCUGCCAUAGGAUUCCCAGGCCUGGCAUCCAUACUACCAGCUAGUCUGCCACUUUCUGUCAACAACUGUUACUUCCAUUUGUGUUGUCAUGUUGACAGAGUCACGCUGGAGGAGUCUCCGUCAUACCUUGCUGGUGCUCUUCUCAGCCACCCUUCUCAUUGGCAUAACCAUGCUGGCCAUCUCCUCUGAAAUCAAUCCCAUUGGGGUUUUCUUUCUUGUGGCAGGGGGCUUGUGUUUGGUUGGCUACCUCAUUAGUGUGGCAGUUGAACAAUGCCUGAAGCAUCAGAAUGCAGGAGAAGAGACCCAGGCAGCCCCAAGAAGACAAAAUCACGAUGGAGACAACGCAACCUAUGAAGCACCAACAUAUGAGGAAGUGGUGGCUACUGGCUACUUGUCAGAUUCAGCGCCCACAAUUUGGACCAUCACAUCUAGUCCUGGAACAACCCAAGUAGAACCCCCUCCGUAUAGUGUGGUUAUUGAGACUCCUCCCCACGGAGAGACUGUGGUAGAGACAUUGAGUGUCUCAGUGGCACCAGGUGCACGGCGGGCCUCCGAAGCAGAUCUGUACUCCAGGCUGCGCCUCCGACUAGUCCUACCCCCAAGGCUAAAACGCUUUGUCUCAGAUACUCAUGAACUCAAAGGGACUGAAGAGCGCCUGGAACGCCUGGAGCCUCUCACCCCACCUCCUGCCUAUGAGAAUGUGACUGGUGACGAAGUCUUUGAAGGACACUUUCAACCUUCAAAACCUUGACUGAAAGGCUGGAGAUUGAUAAACAGUGCCAGUAUUACCACAGGACUUCUUUUGAGCCCAUUAUCAGCUGGCUGCUGUAGCCUGUAUUACAUUUGAAACAAAGUUUGUUUUGGGAGGGCUUGGCUCUCUUUUAUGGAAAAUGCAUGCAUUAUAGACAUGCAUGAUAAGGACUCCUUUGCUUCCUUUGGAGUUUCCUCCAGGGAGAGGGGAAAGGUAGCAAGGUUCUUAGACAUUUCAUCUGAUGGUUGGACAUUUCCAAAGUCAUUCAUAUGCUCUUAGCAUUGAACAAUAGCUUAGGCUACCUAGGAAGUAGAGAACAAAAGACAGGUUGUCCUACCAGGAGGCAGAUUGUAGGCACAGAUUGUUAAUCAUCCUGCCUAGCUCAUAAAAACAGAGGUCUGGAGAGAAGGAAGAACAAGGCAGGGCAGAGAGCCAGUGAAAUAAAAAAAAUUAAAAAGCAGGAAGUCACCUUUAAUUUUUUUAACUUACCGGUAAGUUCCACUGAUAAACUAAAGAUCUUCCUGGCAAGAUUAAAAUCAGCCCAUACACUGGUGAUGAUUCAUCUUAAAACUGGUUUCUCUUAUUUUCUGUGUCAUACCUGUCAUAAUAAGUGUUAGUAUUUGUAUUUGUCUUGUGUUUUUCAGUCAGGAGUAGGCAAUUUAUCCAAACAUUUAUUUCAAUAUUCUUCUGAAUGGAAGCUAACCGUAACAAUGACCAUCUUCCUUAAAAUCGAGUACGGGCAAGUAGGGGCUCUGUAAUGCAGAGAAUAGCGCCCUAAGAAUACUAUUGAAGUGUCCCCUUUCUCUUAUUUAUUGAAACUGGGCUUGCUUUACAUGAAUCACAAUAUGUACAUGUGGAGUAUUUCCUGGUAUGAUGAUAAUGAAUACAGUAUGGAUCUGUGUCACAGCCUUAGAAUCUGUCAUGAUGAAAAUAAGCUUUUAUAUAAACAGUUCAUACAAGCUAGUGCAAUAUAGUUUCAAAAUAAUUUAAUUAAAAUAUUUCAAAUCUGUCUUUGGUGAAGGGGGCUAGUAAAUCAGAUUUCACUAAUUUUACCUGAAAUAGACACAACAUUGUAAGUGGCAACUGCUCCACACAAAGUAUGAAAUAACAUAACCCUUGGUGGCAAAUUUGAAAUUCAAAUAAUACUAAGGGUGCCAUUUUACGAUUUUUUUAAAUAGAGAAAUCUGAAUAAUUUCCAGGUAUGUUCAAAAGAUUCAUGUCUGAAAAUUAGCUGCUAAAAGCAGUAGUAAUGAGCAAUAUAUGUUCUUUUUAUGGCUGACACAUUGAUUGUGAAGGUGCAGAAGGAUGAAUUUUAAUACUUUUUAAAAAUAUGCAAAAUUGUAAAACUGAAUAUACAAAAUACAUUUAAUAGCUUGCUAGAUUUUAAAAGCAUAAAUCCAGCACUGCAAAGAAUGCUAAAACAAAAU